UCUGGGGCUGUUGUUGGUCGGAGAUGGAGCCGUCGGGCUUGAUGCGCGCUGGGGUCCUUUGCGUGCUGGUGGUUCAGCUCUAUGGCUUCAGCCGCGAGUUUGGGUUGGGAACGGGAACGCCGCGGGUCCGGCGGGGGGCUGAGCCGCAGCUGGAGCAGCCGGGAUGCGACCUGCGCGCUGGCGGCUUUGAUUUGGCGAAGGCGCUAGGCAACAACACCCACAAGUGUGUCUUUGAUUAUCUUAGUGGCUCAGUGUCCCUGUCCUGGAUUGGAGAUCGCACAGGGGUAAUUCUUGUGUUGACCACAUUUCAGGUGCCUCUAGUGAUUAUGAGUUUUGGGCAGUCUAAACUCUACCGAAGUGAAGACUACGGAAAAACUUUCAAGGACAUCACAGAUCUCAUUAACAAUACAUUUAUCAGAACUGAAUUUGGAAUGGCAAUUGGACCAGAGAAUUCAGGGAAGGUGAUACUGACGGGGGACGCAUCUGGACUAUACCAUGGCGGAAAAAUCUUCAGAUCAGACGAUUUUGCUAAAAACUUUAUACGUACAGAUAUCCCUUUUCAUCCUUUGACUCAAAUCAUUUAUCAUCCUCAGAAUUCUGAUUUCUUAUUGUCACUCAGCACUGAGGGCAAUCUGUGGAUAUCCAAGAACUUUGGUGCUAAGUGGAAAGAAAUCCAUAAAAACGUUUGCCUUGCAAAAUGGGGCCCAAGCACAACCAUCUUCUUCACCACCUACUUGAACGGCUCUUGUAAAGCUGAUCUUGGGUUACUUGAACUGAAGAGGACCAAAGAUUUUGGAAAGUCAUUUAAGACUAUAGGAACAAAGAUCUAUUCCUUUGGCCUUGGUGGGCGCUUCCUCUUUGCAUCUGUGAUGACGGAAAAGGGUAAUACAAGGCGAAUCCAUGUGUCACUGGAUCAAGGUGAAACCUGGAACAUGGCCCAGCUUCCUUCAGUUGGCCAAGAACAGUUUUACUCUAUCUUGGCAGCUAAUGAUGACAUGGUGUUCAUGCAUGUAGAUGAACCUGGAGAUACUGGACAUGGCACAAUUUACACCUCUGAUGAUCAAGGCAUCAUAUACUCCAAGUCCCUAGAGAGGCACUUUUACUCCACAACAGGAGGAGAGACGGACUUUACCAAUGUAACCUCCUUACGGGGCACCUUUAUCACCAGCAUACUCUCAGAAGAUAAUUCCAUUCAGUCAGUGAUCACCUUUGAUCAAGGUGGAGAAUGGUCACCCUUGAGGAAACCUGAAAAUGCGAAAUGUGACUCAACAGCCAAAAAUAAGGAGAAGUGCAGCCUUCAUAUCCAUGCAUCGUACAGCAUGUCUCAGAGGCUGAAUGUGCCGAUGGUGCCUUUGUCUGAACCCAGUGCCGUUGGAAUUGUCAUUGCUCACGGAAGCGUGGGGGAUGCCAUUUCAGUAAUGACCCCGGAUGUUUACAUUUCGGAUGAUGGCGGCUACACCUGGGCACGGAUGCUUGAAGGACCCCAUCACUAUGCCAUCUUGGAUUCUGGGGGCAUCAUCGUGGCUGUUGAGCAGACCAUACAGCCUGUCAAUGUGAUUAAAUUCUCUACAGAUGAAGGACAGUGCUGGUAUGAAUAUGUUUUCUCUAAAGACCCUAUAUCUUUUACUGGCUUGGCAUCAGAGCCAGGAGCAAAAUCAAUGAGUGUUAAUAUCUGGGGAUUUCAGGAGAGCCUCCUGUCCCGUAGAUGGAUCUCCUAUACCAUUGACUUCAGUGAUCUCCUCAACAGGGAAUGUGAGGAGAAGGACUAUACAACAUGGUUGGCUCACUCGAACAACCCCAAUAACCCUGCAGAUGGCUGUGUAUUAGGGUACAAGGAAGAAUUCAGACGCCUGCGCAAGUCGUCUAUCUGUCAGAAUGGACGUGACUACAUAGUAUCUAUGGUACCAUCUGUCUGCCCUUGCACAUUAGAUGACUUCCUCUGUGAUUUUGGUUAUUUCCGUCCAGAAAAUGAGUCACACUGCGUGGAGCAGCCAGAGCUCAAAGGUCAUGACUUGGAAUUCUGUCUAUAUGGGAGACAAGAACGGUUAAAGACCAAUGGAUAUCGGAAGAUUCCAGGAGACAAAUGUGUUGGUGGGAAGCACCCUGACCGGGAGGAGACUGACCUAAAAAGGAAAUGUACUAGUAACUACUUGAAUCCAAGCCAGCUGGCUGUCUCUUCCAGCUCCACUCCAGUCAUUCUGGCUGUCAUUGGUUUGAUGCUCACCACUGCUGUAGCAGGAGUAGUCAUUAUUAAGAAAUAUGUUUGUGGAGGAAGGUUCCUGGUGCACCGAUAUUCUGUCCUGCAGCAGCAUGCAGAAGCCAAUGGGUUUGAAGGAGCUGAUACAUUAGAUGCCGUUACCCAUGCCGGUAAAACUGGUUACCAUGACGAUUCUGAUGAGGACCUCCUGGAGUAGUGACAUACGUGGAUUUGGCUGCUGCUACAGAAGGGCAAGAAAGUCUACAGUCCAAUGUUACUCCCAACUUGGAUGCCUCUCCUGUGUCUAAGAGAUUCUGUAUUCCUGUCACUUCCAUCAAACUGCCACAACCAGCAAGGCUCCAAGAACUGCGCUGGGGGGAGGGAGGAAGACACUACGGCUCUGAGGAACAAAGGGGAAAACUUUUUUUUAAAAAAUGUAAUAUUAUUUUAAUCGGGGGUUUUUUUUGCCAGCUCUUAAAGGGAAAACUAAGUAGGUACAUGAAAGCAACAUUUCACUAAACAUUAGCAUUUAUUGCCAGAGACAAUUGAUUGUGCUGCUGGGAGAUAGGGACAUGUUCGAUCCCAUCACUCUGAUAGUGCUUUGACGUUGCCACAGAAUGUCUAGUGCUUCUCCCAGCAAGCAGGGCAAUAAAAUGCUGGGGAAAGAGGCUGAGGGAACCCAAAGGGCUGUCUGUCCAAAUGGGGUUGCUUUUAACUGUAGUGUAAUUAAUUGGCUAGACCUGUACUGUGCAAAACUGAGUUUAUUCUGAGGUCAGCAGCAACCCUGUGACUGGACUUUGUGAUUCCAAGAAACUAAACUGUGAAAUCAACAUGUGUGCUAGCAUAAAUUUUUAAAUAACUCUGUUUGGGGAAAAAUAAUUUUAUAAAUUGUGGGACUACGUGGUAUGCAUCUUUAGAAAUAAGACUUACUUAGAAUGUUAUCUUUUGAAGUAACAGAAAUUAAAUCGGGUUCCUGAAGGAAAGCUUCGUUGUGGGCAGCUCCAUGAUGAUAGUCAGUGUUUCUGUUUUUUCAGUAUGCACCUAUUUUCUUGAAAGCAAUAGAAUAGUGGUUGCAAGAUCUGCCCCACUUUGUCAUUGUGCGUUUAGCAACUCAUCUGCAUUGGUACAGUUAGACUUCAUUGUCCAUGUAGAAUCAUACACUAUUUUCCAGUGAUACUCAGUUCACUGAGAAUACUGUGAAGGUACUCAUCGUUGGUUUGGGGGUUUUUUCCCCCUGUGAGUCACUUUGGAAACCAAUUUUGGCUGAAAAGCUCUGUAGUUAAAAGCUGAUAUGCUGAGGUGCCUAUAAGUGCUGGAAGUACCUUUGGAAUAGGAACAUAGUGCUGUUUGCUGAAGGAAAAUGAUGGGGAACAAAAUGCUACUAAGCCAGUCUGUGGGAUAGUUAGCAUUUCAGAUUUCCUUUGUUAUAAAGGUACUUAGGAUUCUUGGAGGAGUGAAGCAUUGUCUAAACUGAAAGACCUUCACAAUAACGUUGAUUAUUACAUUGACCAUUUGAAGCCUCUGGUAUGUGCCCUCCAGGUAGGGGAUGGUUGAGGGACAGAUUCCAGGGGCCCAUGAAGUAAUGUGAUUUAUUUUUUAAAAAUGUGUGGGUUGGAUCUGAUUGGUAUGAGGGAGGCUCAGGGGCUGUUUUUGUCUGGGGACCUGUGUUGGAUUUGGUUUUGAAUGCAGCUCUGGAGAGUGUGAACACUUAAAAUGUAAGACACUUUUGCUUAGAAAGUGCAGUUGCUCUAAAUAUAGCAAAGUCUUGUAGAAAAUGAAACUAAGUUAUAUUCCGGUCAACAGAAGGUACGGAUUAUAUGUUCUCUUUUUAGCAAAUUGCUGCCUGUCUCAUUACUGUUCAUGAUGUAUGUUGUGCUAAGCAUGAGCGUAACCUGUUUGAGGCAUAAUAAUGUUGGUUAGGUAGUCACUGGUAACUUCUAACAAAAAAGGGAGGAUUUGUUAGGGACUUUCCCCCUUAAAUACAGCUAUUGAAGACACCCAAGUCAUUCAAAUAUACUCCUAAAGUCACAGGAUUUUCAACUUCUCUCUCUGUAUCUCUCUAGCUGUAAUUCAAUUGGAGAAAAAAAAUAGGAGGCAAGCAUAUGCCUUGGAUUACUCCUCAUUGUUUUAGCUUAGUGCGUUGGUAAAUCCCCCACAUCCCCUUUCUACAACUGCAUCAUUUAUAUUAUACUCUAGAGUGUAGUUGUCUGUCUCAAAAAUUUAAAUAUUUAAAGUAAUGUUUAUUGAAAUCAGAUAACUCAAAGGGGCUAGAUAAUUCUGUAUCAAACAGGGAUACUCUUAAAGCUGUUCUUAAUAUAGAUAGAUUUUGCUUACAUUUUCCAGCACAGAACCAAGUUCUGGGUGUGAUUUACUGAACCUCCACCGCUUUCUGGGCUGGGAAGGUGAAGAAAUAGGAACUGAGCUAAAUUCUAUAGGGAUAGCCAUGUUUGUUGCAAUACUGCAGAGUCCAGUAGCAUCUUAAAGAUAAAACAUUUUGUAAUGAAGUGAGACUUAAGUAGCGUCUGAACUGUUUGUUUUUUUUUGUAAUGGAGCUGGCAGAGACCUUAGCACCACAUAAACCUAACUUUCUGACUACUGACUCUUCCCAUUAACACUCCCUGUUUAUUAAAGCAUCUCUUGACAGGGGAGUGGAAGGGUGUGUGUGUGUGUGAAAUUAUCACUGAGCACCUCUCUAGGCCCAAUAUCUAUGCCGUGAUUCCAUUUCUUUCCCCCAUGCAGGCUUCCACACAUUACAUUGGCUAAUUCCACAGGAUUUGAAACCACCCCCAGUAACCUACUCGGGGGCUAGUGGCUGCCACUUGCGUACUGCCUUAUGCAACAAGCAGCACACCCCUCAUAGUGCUGAACACGUAGUUGCAUCUUUCCUGGUGUUGUAAGGAUGCUGUCCAAGCAACAAAACAUGUAUGGGGAUAUUGCCAUGCAUGCGUUUUGAAGCAUUAAUAUCCCCCUGAUGUGCCUGCAUGGCACUCCAGAUUUUGUUUUUUCACAAGCUUCCAUAUUCAUAAUGGCUGUAGAAUUACGACAUUACAAAUAGCCAUAGCUGAUACACUCCUCUACACAGUUACUUAAGAUGUACAGUCUGAGGCAAGAUGCAGAAGGAAAAAUUAAAAGGAGCCAUGUAUAGAGUUUGUAAAUAAGCCUGGCUAUAUUAUAAAUUUGUACUGGUAUUUUUCUGUAUAUUUGCAAUAUUUGAGUUAGAAAUAAAAACCAAAAUGGAAUUUUA